AUGGAUCUAGAUGCAUAUGAUGUCAGAGUUGCCAUGAAAUCACUUUUGGAUUAUAUCUAGGGAGAUAGUGGAGAACUAGAAAAAUACUGGAGUAUCGUUGAAAAGCAAAAUGAUGAUGCCAGACGAGCAGCUAGAAGACUUGAAAAGGAAAGAAGAAGGCUAGAAAUGGGCUCUGACUAUGAAUCUUCUGAAGGAGAGCACCAUGACUACUAUUCAGAUGAGUAUACUGACUCAGAGGCAGAAGAAUCUCAAGAAGAAGAACCUCUAGAAUCAUCUAGGCUAUAAAGCGUCGAUUAUUCAAAUAUGAAUAGCAUGGCUGAACAAAGCAAAUAAUCUACUACUAAUCAGCCAGAGCCAAUUCCCAUUUAAGAACUACCAUUUAAUGCUGUGAGAUUCCUCGGUGAAAAGUUAAGAGAAGUUAUCAAUCAACGAAAGCUAGAGGCAAUAAUGAAAGAAAAAGCUAAAAAGUCGGAGUAAUAGUCUAUGAUCGAUAGUAAGAAUGCCAGUUUAGCUGGAAUUAUCUCUAGACCACCAUCAGGCACCAAAAUAUAAUUCUAUGCUAUUGGCAAGUAUGACAAUGUGACUCUAUUUUAGGAUAAGUCUAGUACUUUUGAAAAAAGAAAUAAAAGGGCAGAUGAAGAAAUAGAAAUCAAGCCAAUUACUAUGAAUUCAGUGGAUAUAAAUAAUUAUAACCCUAAAGCCUACCUCAACCCAUUCCAAUAUAUAAGCAAGAGUUCACCUAAUACCUUACAAAGAAAUGAGCCUUUGUUUAUUGUGAGUAAAUGCUAGGGCUGGAUAACUGUGGAUCCAGAUUAAAAUUUAUCUCGCAAUAAACCAUUUGAAAGGCAACCAAAUUACAUGAAUGAACAUGAUAACUCUAAAUUAGCUCCUUAAUGGAUGACUAGUUGUUCGAUAGCAAGAUAAACAUAAAAGAAAAACAAAAAAGACUUGGAUUUUGACUCUACAACUUAGAAGGGAUUACUAUACGAAGGCUCUAGAACUUUCCUCGUCGAUAGAUAAUAGCCUUAAAGAAGUGUACUUAAUUUGGGUCAUACCAGGCAUAAUGUACCUUUUAAGCAAAUGAUUCAAGAAAUUCAUGCAUCUAGUUAGCCUGCUAGAUUGGUUGAGUGGAAUGGAGUUACUUAGUCAGAAGUUAAGAUGAGGCCAGUAACAGGUAAAAUUGGAUAAAUUGCCUAAAUCUGA